CCGUUUAGCAGUGCUCCCAGACGACAGCAGAGGGAAGGCUCUCUGUCAAGCCCAAAGACAAAAAAAACAAAAGCCAAAAAACAAAAAGAACCCAAGUGAUUGUCAAAACCCAGUUCUUCUCAACUGCAUUAGGUGUAGGACUCACAAGGGAACCUGCUGUGAAGUUAAAUUCCUGCCCAGAAAUUUCAAGUUAUACCUUUGGAAUCUACAUAAAUAAACCCGGGUUUCCCAUUUUAAAUUCCUCUGGUGAUGCAGAACCACACUUAGAAAACACUGGCUCUGGACCUAGAGCCUGAGUCCUGAGAGGGGGAAUGUGUCUCUACCCAGGAAAGGGGACUUAAACUCACUAAAACCAAAACAAAACCAAAGUGAUACGCCACGAUAAUCCAUAAGGUCAAUGAAUUCAUUAACAUAAAAAAAGAAAAACAACCCUGCAAAUUAUUUGGAUAAUAAUAUACUUUCUCCUAAGAGCAAAAUGCAUCUAUGGAACUAAUCUAGUGCCAGGCUGUUUUCCUGGCAAACAAGAAGAGUACAAAGUCUUUGAACAUUCUACCUCAGGCAGCCCACUAAGCAUCAUAGUCACUCUGUAUUUAUGCUUUCUGAAUAAAAUCCCUCCCACCUUAGAAAAAGAGUAAGUGUAAUUUAAUAAACUUUAAACUAUUAACGUGGCACCGUUUAUAAGAUAAUAUACAUUAAAUGCUGUAUAACUGAAAAGCGUUUUAUAAAGUAAGCAACUACCUUCCUAGAAAAUGUGCUGAAGGCAUUCUAUAUGGGGGCGAUGUGUGCAAGCUCUGGAAUAAAUACAAGAGAAAACGGGAAACAGACCAUUGGGCUUCCCUAAGCCCAGGUUUCCUGCUCUCUAAAACAGAAAUAAUGCUAGUAUCUACCUUGGAAGUUUCAUGAGAAUUGAGGCGGUGUUAGUUUUGCAUUUCCUCUAUCUCCAUUCUUAAUAUUAAUAGAAGGGUUCUCUUUCUGUUCCCAUCACGGGCUCUAAUAUCAGACACUUAAUACACUAAUCAAACACAUGGUGGCAGACAACGUGAGCCUGGCUCUGGGUGGUAUCUUGUCGUUUCACAUCUCAGCCUUGAUGUACACACAGAAUACAGAUGGCCCUUGUCAACUUGGUGUACUACUUCCUGUCUUCCACCAUUGAUAAUAAAUGUUCACAGUGUGUAGAUUUAUCACUAACUUCAUAGUUAGAAAUGAAUAGUACUUCCAAUGCUAGAGCUUACUAUUAUUUCAAAAGAGAGAACGUAUGUUUCAAGGGGUCUGUGGCAAGGUCGUCAGAAGAACAGAGUUGCUGUAACUCGGCUUUCCAAUUUGGAUGUAAUAUUGGCCUGAAAGGUGUGGGGGUGGGGGGAAGACCGUUUACAAAACAACAAACAGCAGUUUUACUUUCUGUAUGAUACAAAGAAGAGCACUGAGCCUGUCUGGACUUGGACUAGGACAGACUAUCCCAGGAGGGACAUAACAGCCAAAGUUCCCGGAAACGAGGAGGGUGGGACCCAAAACCGAGGAGCGCACGCGCACUUAGAUCGCAAAGUCCCGCUGGAUCGGCUUAGCUUACGUCAAUGUCUACGUAAAAGACGUGGGGAACGCGGGGAGGGAAACGCCGGACUGUGUCACGUGACGGGUGCGCCGGGCGUUGGCUCCUCCCUCACCAAGAUGGCGUCCUUGCUGCAGUCGGAGCGGGUUCUCUAUCUCGUCCAAGGAGAAAAGAAGGUUCGGGCCCCGCUCUCACAGCUCUACUUCUGCCGCUACUGCAGUGAGCUUCGAUCGCUGGAAUGUGUGUCACACGAGGUGGACUCUCAUUAUUGUCCCAGCUGCUUAGAAAACAUGCCAUCAGCUGAAGCCAAAUUAAAAAAGAAUAGAUGUGCCAACUGCUUUGACUGUCCUGGAUGCAUGCACACCCUCUCCACCCGAGCUACAAGCAUCUCCACACAGCUUCCAGACGACCCAGCCAAAACCACUAUGAAGAAAGCCUAUUACCUGGCCUGUGGAUUUUGUCGAUGGACAUCUAGAGAUGUGGGCAUGGCAGACAAAUCUGUAGCUAGUGGUGGUUGGCAAGAACCAGAAAAUCCUCAUGCACAACGGAUGAACAAAUUGAUUGAAUAUUACCAGCAGCUUGCUCAGAAGGAAAAGGUUGAACGAGAUCGCAAGAAACUGGCACGGCGAAGAAAUUACAUGCCUUUGGCUUUUUCGGACAAGUACAGCCUUGGGACCAGGCUUCAGCGACCACGAGCUGGUGCAUCCAUUAGUACACUUGCCGGACUUUCCCUUAGAGAAGGAGAAGACCAGAAGGAGGUAAAGAUUGAGCCAGCUCAGGCCGUCGCUGAAGUGGAGCCUCUGCCUGAAGACUAUUACACACGACCAGUGAACCUGACAGAGGUGACCACCCUUCAGCAGCGCCUCUUACAGCCUGACCUGCAGCCUGUCUCAGCCUCGCAGCUUUAUCCUCGACACAAGCACCUUCUGAUCAAACGGUCCCUGCGCUGUCGGAAAUGUGAACACAAUUUGAGCAAACCAGAAUUUAAUCCAACAUCUAUCAAAUUCAAAAUCCAGUUGGUUGCUGUCAAUUAUAUUCCAGAAGUGAGAAUCAUGUCGAUCCCCAAUCUUCGCUACAUGAAGGAAAGCCAGGUCCUCUUGACUCUUACAAAUCCAGUGGAGAACCUCACCCAUGUAACUCUGCUGGAGUGCGAAGAGGGGGACCCUGAUAACAUCAACAGCACUGCUAAGGUGGUGGUGCCUCCCAAAGAGCUCAUCUUAGCCGGCAAGGAUGCAGCAGCAGAGUACGAUGAGCUGGCAGAGCCCCAGGACUUCCAGGAUGACCCUGACAUUGUAGCUUUCAGAAAAGCCAACAAAGUAGGCAUCUUCAUCAAAGUCACCCCACAGCGUGAGGAAGGGGACGUGACCGUGUGCUUCAAGAUGAAACAUGAUUUUAAAAACCUGGCUGCCCCCAUCCGCCCUAUGGAAGAAAGCGACCAGGGCACAGAAGUCAUUUGGCUCACUCAGCAUGUGGAACUGAGCUUUGGCCCUCUUCUUCCUUAAAACAAAGCUACCUGGUGGGCAGAUCCCACCCAGCCAUGUCACUACAGCUCUCAACAGUGUGGAAGCUGCUGCUUCAUCAGACAUGUUUAUAAAGAUGUACUACUGAAUCCUGUGGAGUGGAGGGCAGGCCAGGGUUCGGAGCACAGGGUAACUGCUGUUGACACCAGUAAGCCUGUGUCUCUCUGAGCCCUGCACAUUGAGUAACAGCAUCGUUCCAUCACAGUAAAGGAGUAGCUGUUCCAUGGAGGGCAUUGUAUUUACUCGCUAAGAAACGUGCUGUGCGCCUGUCACAGUUUGACAGAAAGCCUUAGGGUGAUAAUCCAGAGCAGACCUUGUCUUUGUGCCGCAGCUUUGGUCUCGGUGUUCCAACGGCUUUCUGUAUUUCUGUAUGCCGUUAAGGAUAACCCUGAAAUCAUAACCCUUCACUGGCCUUGGCCCUGGCUCUCACUUUGCCGAUGAUUUCCAUUUGACAGAGCAGUAGGACUGUCAUUGUGUCUCUAACCUAGUGAUGGCAGGGCAACCUGUCGCUUUCCUAAGGCACUCUGUCUCUUCCAAAGGAACACAGUAUACCUGUCACUUGAUUGUCAUUUUCCUCAUUAGUAUAUGGGACUUGUAAGUAAGAAUUUGAAUGGCAAGCAGUUACAUGUCAUGAAAUUCAUUUGUUUUAAUAUUACCACAAUACCCAGGGGCUAAGGCUGCCUGCCACAGGGAGACAAACUUUAUGAAUCUUACUAUCUGCCCUCCUCUGUUCUGUUUUUUUGUUUGUUUGUUUGUUUGUUUGUUUUUCAGAUGGGCUCGCUCCGUGUAACUCUCGCUGGCCUGAACUCAACCUGCUAGGACUAAAGAUCCUUGCAACAUGUCCAGCUCGCUGCCCUGUUCUAUAAAUCAAGAAAUUGCUCUAACGUUGGGGCUUUUAGAAAGAGCUGGGACAGUUUAUAUGGACACUUUGCUGCAUCACUUCUGGAAUGCAGAAAACAUUUUAAACUAACUUUUAGCAUGAUCCAAACUAAUGUUCUUUCUGCUGAAUUGAAGGAAAAAUUAACUGUCAAUCCCUUAAAUUUAAAACUGGACACAAAGAAAAAGAACUUUCCCUUAAUGAAUAUAAGACUUCUUGUGUUGUUGUGUGAAGUGAGACCAUUGUGAUUGUAAGCCAUAGAAGUUCAGCAAGUAGCCAAGAUGCCAGCCUGAACCUAGACUUGCUGGUUUUCUCAAAUACUGACAUUGAGUUGUUUUCUAAAAUCAGAGUUGACAGAGUAGACCAGUUGCACUUUUCCUUAAAGUACUCCUAGUACAUGGCCAACAGACCUUGGAAGAAAAAGUUCCUGUUUACAAAUCCUGCUUUGGUUUUCAUUUUAAGUCUCUGGGGGUUUUGUUUUGUAUUAAGGAAUAUACAGUCUGGACUACAGAUAGAAUAGUCGUUGUUAGUUUCACCUAAGAAGAAAACACUUAGGAAGCUGUUGAAAGACACUUUGUUCUUCGAAGAUCUUAAGAUCAAGCCAAUUUUAUGAAACAAUAUUCCCACAGAGUGAGUAUAUGUGUAUAUAUAUAUAUAUAUACACACACACACUAGAAUAUAAGAAUAAAACACUGAUCUCUAAUACUAUGGGAACAAUAAUGUUUGCCUCUUAGAAGCUGGAGCUGAAAGUUGGGUAAUUACAAGUUUCAGACUAUAGAAAGAGUGGUUUUCUGCAACUCCACAAGGCCUACUAUGAAGCCACUAUUCAGGGUCUUGGGGGUGGGGGAGGGGCACACAUCAAAGUGCAGAUAGCCUCAGCUGAGCACAUAAUGUGGAGACUGGCACAGUUGUCUCUGUCUGUAUGCCUUUAUGCAGUGACAUUGAUACUUCUUCCCUAGGAAAACAUUGAAGUAAUGGGGCUCUUCACUCCUGUGGGAUAAACAAAAAACACUUGUGGGUUGGUUUUUUUUUGGGGGGGGGGUUGGUUUUUUGUUUUUCAAGAAGUCAAGUUAACUUAAAAAUAUCAGUUCUACACUGUUUCAAGGUAAGUUUAGUGCAAGCUGGUCUUGUUUGUGUUUUUAGGAAAGGUUCGACACCUGCAGGUGGUGAAUUAGGAAUUGUGGCUGUCACUUUUUGUAUUAGAUGAGGUGCAGGGUUUCUAUUACUAGUCAGUGUGCACCAAGACACAAGACAAGAGUCAGGCGUCCUUAGCACUUGAAACUACAAUUUUGGAUGCUUACUGCUAAGUUACUUUGGGUUUGUGAGUUGAUUCACACUCAAAUUUUUCGUUUGUUCCAAAUACAUGUUACAAGCAUACUGCACUAAAUACCCUUGCGUCUUUGUAAUGAGCAUCCUUCUUGGUGGGUGAGAGGCACUCCUUGACUUAAAUAACAGGUUACUGUUUUGCCUUAUUGCUUAAUAUAGUGAAAUAAAGCAGACAAAGCCCAA